CACCAAAUAAUGGAGCUCAGAUGGCUUCAGUGACUGGUAGUAAAACUGGAGUCAAAGAUGCCUCUGACCAGAAUUUUGACUAUAUGUUCAAACUGCUCAUCAUUGGCAACAGCAGUGUUGGCAAGACUUCCUUCCUUUUCCGCUAUGCUGAUGACACUUUCACCCCAGCCUUCGUCAGUACUGUGGGCAUUGACUUCAAGGUGAAGACAGUCUACCGUCAGGAGAAGCGAGUGAAGCUGCAGAUCUGGGAUACGGCUGGACAGGAGAGGUACAGGACGAUCACCACAGCCUAUUACCGGGGGGCCAUGGGCUUCAUUCUGAUGUAUGACAUCACCAAUGAGGAGUCCUUCAAUGCUGUCCAGGACUGGGCUACUCAGAUCAAGACCUACUCCUGGGACAAUGCACAGGUUAUUCUGGUGGGAAACAAGUGUGACAUGGAGGAAGAAAGGGUUGUUCCCACUGAGAAGGGCCAGCUCCUUGCAGAGCAGCUUGGGUUUGACUUCUUUGAAGCCAGCGCCAAGGAGAACAUCAGUGUGAGGCAGGCCUUCGAGCGCCUGGUGGAUGCCAUUUGCGAUAAGAUGUCUGAUUCCCUGGACACAGAUCCCUCCGUGCUGGGUACCUCCAAGAACACGCGUCUCUCAGAUACCCCACCGCUGCUACAACAAAACUGCUCGUGCUAGACAAGGUCCCCACCCUUCCAACCUCCCUUCAGUGUAGCCCCACGCACACUUGCUUCUCUCUGAUACACACUGUCCACUCCCUGAGCAAGCUGAGUUCCUGCUGUUCUUUGCCAGCCCCUGGGGUUCCCUGCAGAUGGCCCCAAUUACAGACAAUCAGCACUAGACUAAGCACAGGACAUAGCAUGGGUGGAGAAUUCCCUUUGCAAAAGACAACUGCGUUUUACGAAUGACAUUUGAGAUGGAGACUUAGAAAGAGAGUCUCUUUUCCACUGGCAAAAUGAAAUUUCCUCCUUUACCAAAAUUUGACACACCCACACUUUUCAGGAGCUGGCCAAAAGUGUAAGGUGAGGCCCACCUGCAUUGCUAAUCCUAUUAAAGAAAGCUUUGCAAAAUACAACCUUCUUGUUUCAUGUCAGGCUCCCUGUGGGGCUUCCUCUCAUUGCAAAGCCCUGUGCCUGUUACCACGGAUGCCCACAGGGUCUGAGCAGUUGCUGUGGUGACAGGCCAGUGCUAAUCUCCAGAGAGCUCAGACUCUAGUGAUGCUAAAGGAACAAAGGCUGAGUCAGAAACACACUUAAAAGAAAAAGAUUAUCUCCUGAAAAAUGUCAAAGGUUUCUGCUGUAUGAAAGAGCAAGCAAAUGAGUGUGAGAAAGACAAAGAAAUAUAAGAGACAUAAAGAACUGGUCCUUAGUUUCUGAUUUUGUUGCUUUUCAGCUAGUUCUUAACUAUGAGAACUGCAUGCAAUUGGUCACUGGUUCUUAGACUCCAAAAAUUUGAACAUUUUAGAGUGAAUGGGACCCUCCCCCAAAACUUACCUAGUCUGACUGGUCAGUUCCAGCCGUCUCAUCUCUGACAAGUAGCUGUCAGGCUCAUGUCCAAAUCUCUUCUAAAGCACACACUCCAGGCAGGUACCAUAGCUGACUGUCCACACUGUCUUUGUGCAAGUCUCAUAGGAAAUUUUCCGUUGUGUCAUGUGGAAAUCUUUCUUCUGGAACACCCCCCCGAACCCCACCCCAAUGAUUGAUCUCUCUAUCUCUGUUCCCUCUGCCUUUUAAAUGAUUUGCGAACAGGAAUCAUGGUCCCCAGGACCUCUUUUCUGGGUCAAAUAAUCCCCCUAGAAUUCCACUUUCUGUUCUUCGAAAGAUUCUUCCUAUCCUUCCCUUUCCUCCAACCCACCUGUCAGUUAUCCCUGAUCAAUCCAACUGGGAAAUGUGAUUUAAAGCAGAAUCAAUCUAAGGAAGAAAUGAACUCAGAGGUCUCAAUCCUAAUUAUGUUCUCCAGGACACAACACAUUAGUAUCUACUGAAGAGCCCCCCGUAACACCCGGAGGGAAAAAAAUAUAUACUCUGAAGUCAAAAUGGAUUUGCUCAUGAUUAUGACUUGCUGUGGGUAUAGGAACUCAGUUAAGUUUUAGCUAAAAUAAUGAUAUGGAGCUGGCUCUGAUUCCUGAGAAACAUUUCUUUUCUGUCAUGUCUUGAACCCUCAGCCUUCUAUGCCCUGCACUGACAUACCACCUCAAAAGUCUGUGUGUGUGUGUGUGUGUGUGUGUGUGUGUGUGUGUGUGUCUCUGUGUGUGGUUUUCUCUCCAUUUCAAAUGCAGCUCAUCUAAGAAAAGUAUAUUCACUGGCAACAGGUCCAUUGACCAACUGAAAGGAUUAUCCAGAGCCAGCUAUAUUCAGACGUUGCUUCCUUUGAUUCAAUGCAAAGAACAAAGUUCAGGAGACUUGGACUCUGUCAUUUAAUGAAAUAUGAUUCUGGACCAUUUACUCCCAUCUCAGAGUCUUGAUUUCCCAGUUUAAGAUAAAAAGAUUAAUUUGGAUGACCUUAGAUCCCUUCAUUCACUUAAAACUGAUACUUUUCUUUCACCUUCACCAUUUCAGUUGAUCUGCAAAAUGAACCUUAUUUCAGAGAUCAGAACUAUUAUCCCAGUGUUAUUUACCAUAACACAUUAUUCCAAGCACAUUACAUGUAUUAACUUAUCUUCCUGACAUCUUUGUGAGGGAGAUACUAUAAUCAACCUCAUUUAAAGAUGAAGAAACAGAGGCCCAGAGAAGCUCUUGUUUGCCUAAGGUCACAAAAUGAGUAAAUGGAAGAGCUGGGGUUCAAAUGGAGCCAGUGAGUUCCAAGGUCUGUGCCCUUCAGCACAUUUUAUAUUGCAUCUCUUUUAGAGAAAUGUGAUCCAAAUAAGUCAAGAGACUUGGCCAACAUGACACAUCUGGCAAGCAUGUGAAAGCUACAUUAGGGUUAAAUCCCAGGGCCAUCAGAUUCUAAGCCUACUGGAGAAAAGACUUAUAUCUCUAAUCUGAGGUGAUAGAUGUCUAAUUCUUAAGUAGAGUUAGUCUCUGAAGUGACAGGAUCCCAUAACCCUUAGCACAAAAUGCCCAGUGCUUUUGCAGGCCAGGUGCUGACUUUCCCUGUAUCUGCCCCUAUUGGGCAGUUUUUAUCUGGUUCCCAAGUAGGGCUUUUCACAGCCUCUAUGCUCCAGUGCUGGGACAUUUUAGGGGAGUGAUUUGAUUAACUUCUCUGACCAUGACAAAAUACAUUCCCUUCACAGGGCAGCAGUUAUGAGUGUCCUUUCUACACUGUAAAGUUACACACAGUGUCAUGGAUGAUUACUAUUUUCUCUGGACAGUAACACCCAUCUACCUUAGUAUUAGUACUUCAGACCAACACCUUCAUAACUUCUAGAUGUUUUAGUACCUAUAACCAAUGAUCUUUUCUCCUUGCAGCAUGUCCAGGCAAAAGACUGAAUUUUUUUACUUAAAAACUGUUAGUCAUAGUGGCACAUCCCCAUAAUCCUAACACUCCGGAGGCUGAAUCAAGAGGAGCAACACUAGUUCGAGGCCAGACUGGGGCUACAAAGUGAGUUUAAUAGCAAGAUCCUGUCUCAAAAACAAACAACAAACAAAAAGCUGUUAGUCUUUAAAAUUCAAGAGCCGGUUCAGGGAGCAAACAACUUCACAAUAGAUAGAAUCAAGAGUAAAGUGUUAUAAAGGCAAAAUCUUUUACUGGGUAUCAGACAAACAGACCUGCUUGUUAGAUGGCAAUUCCCCAGCCCUCCUCUGUGACCUCAUUUCUGUCAAGUGGAAGGCAGCAGCUUCCAACUGAUCGCAGUGCAAUGUUCAUCAAUCAAGGUAAUAUUGCAAUUAGCAACCAAGGUUUGAGCUGUGUGUGUUAGUGGCAACUUGUCCUGGAUUUCAUCUUCCUAAACAAUCCAAAUAAAGGAUUAAAAAAUAACUGAUCUUUAUAAAGAAAAAGUAGGGCACAAGUAUAAUGGUAUUG